UCACCGAACAAAGCUUCACCUGUUUCCUUGGUUUAGUAGAGCCUCUUUUUACAGACAUGGCAUCCUGUUCAUUGUUCCAUCCCAAGCCCAAAAUCAGAUCAUUUCAUCACAACAAUCAUCGCAUCACACACCGUCCACCCACUCUAAUCUCCUGCACCUCAUCCACAUCCAAUCCCUCCUCCACUACUAACAGCUCCAACAACAACACCAACUCCCCUCCUUCGCCGGUGCUUUCCAAGACCCGUCGCCCCGCCGAUGAGAACAUCCGCGACGAGGCGCGCCGACACCGCUCCUCUUCGAAGAACACUUUCUCCGCCAAAUACGUCCCGUUCAACGUGGGUCCCGACUCGCCCGAGUGCUACUCGCUCGACGAGAUUGUGUACCGGAGCCGUUCGGGUGGCCUACUCGAUGUCCUGCACGACAUGGAAGCUUUAAAGAAGUACGACGGCGCCUACUGGAGAGACCUCUUCGAUUCACGCGUGGGGAAGACCACGUGGCCUUACGGGUCGGGAGUGUGGAGCAAGAAAGAGUGGGUCCUACCCGAGAUCGACCCGGAUGACAUCGUCUCGGCAUUUGAAGGCAACUCCAACCUUUUCUGGGCAGAGCGUUUCGGAAAACAGUUUUUAGGCAUGAACGACUUAUGGGUAAAACAUUGUGGAAUUAGCCACACGGGCAGUUUCAAAGAUUUGGGAAUGACCGUUUUGGUCAGCCAAGUGAACAGACUACGGAAAAUGAAACGACCCCUCGUCGGAGUGGGUUGCGCUUCCACGGGAGACACGUCAGCUGCUCUCUCCGCGUACUGUGCUUCGGCAGGUAUUCCUUCGAUUGUAUUUUUACCUGCAAAUAAGAUUUCAAUAGCGCAAUUGGUUCAACCAAUCGCAAAUGGCGCGUUUGUGUUGAGUAUUGAUACUGAUUUUGACGGGUGUAUGAAAUUGAUUCGAGAAGUUACAUCUGAAUUGCCGAUAUAUUUGGCGAAUUCUUUGAAUAGUUUAAGGCUUGAAGGUCAAAAAACUGCUGCAAUAGAAAUAUUGCAGCAGUUUGAUUGGCAGGUGCCUGAUUGGGUAAUUGUACCAGGUGGGAAUUUAGGUAACAUUUAUGCCUUUUAUAAAGGUUUCAAGAUGUGCCAUGAAUUAGGACUUGUAGAUAGAAUGCCAAGGCUUGUUUGUGCACAGGCCGCCAAUGCUAAUCCGCUUUACUUGUAUUACAAGUCGGGGUGGAAGGAUUUUAAAUCUGUGAAAGCUAAUACCACAUUUGCAUCCGCUAUUCAGAUAGGUGAUCCGGUGUCCAUAGAUAGAGCAGUUUAUACAUUGGAUUGUAAUGAGAUUGUUGAGGAAGCCAUUGAAGAGGAGUUGAUGGAUGCAAUGGCUCAAGCUGAUUCCACUGGGAUGUUUAUAUGUCCUCAUACUGGAGUGGCUUUGACAGCUUUGGUUAAGCUUAGGAAUAGCGGGGUUAUCAGCCCCACUGAUCGGACGGUGGUGGUUAGUACAGCUCAUGGGUUGAAGUUUACCCAGAGUAAGGUUGAGUAUCAUUCAAAGGAGAUCAAGGAUAUGGCUUGAAGGUUUGCUAAUCCACCUAUGCAAGUGAAGGCAGAUUUCGGGGCUGUAAUGGAUGUGUUGAAAAAUUAUUUGGGAAAUCAUGCUUCAAAGUAGUAGGUGGAUAUUUUAAGUCAAAAUCUUUGUAUUCUAACUUUAUGUUUGGUUUAAAUUUUGUUGAUGCAUGUUGUACCAGUUUGCUUUGUUUGUUUAUUUAAGGAUUGGGUGAGUAGAAAUCAUCUUUAAGGGACAAGGAGUUCUUUUGAAUUAUAAGUAGCCUUUUUCUAGA